UCUCAAUCUAAAUUCAUAAUGAAAGACUAUCUACAUGUAGUUGAAUAGAACAUUGUUAUAAUAGCCAGUAAUUAAAAAUAAUUUAAAAGGCAAUUAUUAUUAUGUACAUCCUUAAACUAGUUCUUAGUAUGAAAAUGAAAACUUUUUUGAACUUAUUAUGAUUAUUAGUAUAGGAGUAAUAAAAAAUAGUGGUAACUGGUAACUAACACAGUACUGUAUAUAUAUAUCCUUGGACGAAAAGGCCUGGGUAGUGAAAAAGUUUUGAGGAUAAUGCUGCAGGAACCCAAAAACCUCCAAAACUGCAGCUUUCUCUUAAAUGUCUAAGACGGAGGAGGGAUUGCUCGGUGGAUCCUAAUAAGAAAGAAUCAAAAAAUGGCCACAACCCUGUUCAAGCUCCACCGCCCCUUACUCGUUCCCGCCUACAUCUCUCGGGGAAGGGCAUUCUGUGCUGCAGCACCACCCAUCUCCUUUGCUUACAGGGCUUUUUUUUUCAACUCCAAGAUUACAACUUUGGGGCGGAGGUUCCGUUGUUUCAGUUCAAUGAACAGCGUUGGCAGUAAUAACAAUCAUUCAAACCCACUCCCAAUGAUUAAUAAUAAGCAGGCAAAGGAGUUGUGGCUAUUCAAUACGAUGAGCAGGCAGAAGGAGUUGUUCCAGCCUAAAUUGCCUGGCAAAGUUGGGAUGUAUGUUUGUGGUGUCACUGCCUAUGAUCUCAGCCACAUUGGUCAUGCUCGCGUUUACGUUUGCUUUGAUGUCCUUUACAGAUAUCUCAAGUUUAUGGGAUAUGAAGUGAACUACGUGCGGAACUUUACUGAUGUUGAUGAUAAGAUUAUUGCCCGAGCAAAGCUGUUGGGGGAGGAUCCUAUUGGUUUGAGCAGGCGAUACUGUGAAGAGUUUCAUCGCGACAUGGAUGAGCUCCAUUGCCUUCCUCCUUCUGCAGAGCCUCGUGUUUCUGACCAUUUACCUCAAAUUAUAAGUAUGAUUGAGCAGAUUCUUGAUAAUGGGUAUGCUUAUAGGAUCAAUGGCGACGUUUACUUUUCUGUAGAGAAAUUCCCUGAAUAUGGACGAUUAUCAGGUAGAAAGCUCGAAGAUAAUAGAGCAGGCGAAAGAGUAGCGGUGGAUACUCGGAAGAAUAACCCAGCUGAUUUCGCCCUGUGGAAAAGUGCCAAGGAAGGAGAACCUUUUUGGGAGAGUCCUUGGGGUCGUGGAAGACCUGGAUGGCAUAUUGAAUGCAGCGCCAUGAGUGCAGCGUAUCUUGGUCAUUCCUUUGACAUACACGGUGGAGGGAUGGACCUAGUUUUCCCACACCAUGAGAAUGAAAUAGCACAAAGUUGUGCUGCUUGCGAUAAAAGCAACAUCAGCUACUGGAUACACAAUGGAUUCGUAAAUGUCGACUCCGAGAAAAUGUCAAAAUCGCUUGGGAAUUUCUUUACCAUUCGCCAGGUUUUAGAAGUUUACCAUCCAUUGGCUUUACGCCUUUUCUUGAUGAUGACACACUACCGGUCUCCCAUCAAUUACUCGGAUAUACUACUUGAAAGUGCAUCUGACCGCAUCUACUACAUAUAUCAGACAUUAUAUGACUGUCAAAAUGUUAUAAUGCAAAACAGAACAAAUGUGGGGGAUUCCAUUCCUUCAGGGACUUCAGCUUGCAUCACUAAAUUUCAUGAUGAAUUUUUGAUGUCAAUGUCUGACGAUCUUCACACUAAUGUUGUUCUGGCUGCAAUUUCCGACCCUCUCAAAGCUAUCAACGAUCUCAUUCAUACCCGCAAGGGAAAGAGACAAGAGUUACGAGUAGAGUCUCUCGUGGCUCUAGAGAAGGAAGUAAGAAAUGUUCUUACUGUUUUGGGACUGAUGCCAACUACUUAUUUGGAGGCCCUGGAGCAAUUGAAGGAGAAGGCACUGCAACGUGCCAAUUUGACCGAGAAUCAAGUUAUGCAGAAAAUUGGUGAAAGAAAUAUAGCUAGAAUGAACAAAGAAUAUGAAAAAUCCGAUACCAUACGGAAGGAUCUGGCUGCUGUUGGUAUUUCUCUGAUGGACAACCCGGAGGGCACUACAUGGAGACCGGCUAUUCCAUUGGCCUUGCAAGAAAAGCUGGUUGCAGCAACAUCUUGAAACCGUUGAUUUUCAAACAAGGGAAACUUGCCAUGGUGACCCUUCGAAGUGUUUUCUUGUGCAUGCAUGCACUUUGGGCUGUAGAUAUUUUGUGAAGACAAGAUUAAGGUUUCAAAAGAGCAGUAUUAGGAACCAGCGUGUGUCAACAAAAUAUAACAACCUAGGAUACUUGUGAUUUGUAGCAAAUGGAGUAUAUUACCGCAAUGCUUUUAUUUCCAUGGGAGUGAGGGAAAAGAAGAGAACUAGGAUGAUCUUCAAAGAAGUUUUGGUUUGAGUUAUUCUGUGAUGUGUACAUGGUGUUUUAAGUUCUUGAUUUUUCCUUGUCUCACAGAAGGAUGGUUUAUUUACAGAGUAAAAUGGUCUCCAUAAACUUAUCAUUUGAUUUAUAGAAGCUAAAUUUAUUUGGAGAAUACAAUAGCCAUGAUGUAUUUUCGUUCCUGCUACGUCUAUUCUUCUGUGUUAUUUGAUUGUUGGCCCUUCUGUUAUUUCCUUGCAUUUGGCUGUGUUUUGAAGCACAAUGGCGACAUUAGUUGGAUAAAGGCUAUGUUGUUGUAAAUCGUAAUCAGGAGAGGUAUGUAUCAUUUCGAAAAACCCAGUCUUGAGAUUGUUGGAGAAUUUACGUAACUUUGAAUCUAUACUAUACUUUACAAGCAGGAACAAGAAUGUUGGGGAUGUGAGCAAACACAAUGGAGAAAGGAGCAACUGUCACUAGGGACAAUGGGUUUACUUUAACUGGUUUCAGAGGAGGGAUGUUCCCAGAACGAUCUAUGGUAAGUACUUUUCCGUUGAGGAGCACAGUUUGGCUAUGUAUAUCACCAUCUUUUGGGGUAAGAUGGUACUCUUCUCUCAUGUUAGAUUCCACUUUGAGCCUUGUGAAAUUCCCAUUGCGCCUUAAGAUGGGUUUGUUUGUGAUGGUUGCAUUUUCAACUCUAAGUCCAAUUUGGAUAGUUGUACUGCCAUCUAGAUUGAUGAAGAGCACAGUAAUUCCAGGCUGCCAUUUGAACAUAAUUACAUUAGUUCUCCUAGAUGUUGUGCUGAUAAAAGCAUAGGAACAUGUUAACAGAUGAAAUGCUGGUUUUUUUUUUUUUUUUUCUUCCACUGAAGGAACUAAUUGAUCAACUCACAGAGAGUUUUGAGCAGUGUGCAUAAGCUCGUAGAUUCUUUAUUGCAGUCAAUUUGGUUGAGAGAACAUUUAUUCCCAUCAAACGAUGCCAGAGAAGAGCACUGAUGUUGAAACAAAAAACCAAUCAUCAAUAAAAAUGCUGUUAAUGUGUAAUUCAGCAUGACAGGCCUGUGCUAGUACCUGUAGUAGUCAGGAUUUGGGACAAAUGUAGUGGUAUUGAGUAGACCAUAGUUGCCUCCAAUCAGUGUCUGCCGGCAAUAAACUUUAGUAUCAUAAGAUGAAGCCAGGCCAAGCUGGUCCAAGUACCUGGAUACACAGUGUCAGAAAAGCCUCAUUUCUUUUCUUUCUUUUUUUCCUUGAGGGCUGGGUGGUGGGGGUGGGGAUGGGAAGGGAGUAACUACGAAGGACUGAAUAUGGAAGGAGAGAGUUAGUUACUCACCAGAAGCUGAAGACGAAAGUGUUCGUAACAAGAUUACGCCCGCUGUUAUAAGCUCCUCCAGCUUCACCAACCCAUGCUUUUGUUUUAACUCCUGAACUUUGAAGAAUCCCUUGAAGAUCUAUGAAUGGCUGUGAUCCACCAUCCAGAUAUGAUGGAUCAAGUAUCUUGUCCACUAGGCGAUCGUCCACACCUGGGAAGCAGAAUCUCCAAAAUUGAAGGGCCCGCUGAUACACUUUGAACCGAAACAAGAAGAAUGGAUGUGUACGCACGCUUAUAUACCUGGACCAAGAUUGUAAAUGUGAUGUGUAACAACUUGGAGAGAGUUGGAGGUUUCACUGAUGAACUUGGAAAACCAUCCGGCAUCGAAAAACCCUCCAGGACCAAGUACUAAUGGCUUGAACUCCGAGCUGCUGUAGACAUCUUGCACUAUAUUUUGAAGAGUACUCACAUCUGAUGCAUAUUGAUCAACUGCUACACUUGCCCCGAUUCCAUUCCCACUCAAUUCAUUCCCUGAGGCAAUUCCAGGGAUAUGCAGAGUUGUAAGUUUGUAUUUUGUUCGAAUAGUAAUUAGAUAUGGUUACUGCUUCUUAAAAGCUGUGCUACAACUGCACUAAUUUACCAAGUUCCCAGCCAUAAACAGGAUAAUUCUUCUGUGCUGUGUAUCUUAUGAGAGAUUCAGCAUUGCUGGAGUUCCAAGGUCCCAAAGCAUUGUUUCCUGAAUCGAUUGUUCUUCCAUAUAAUGCAUUUAGUCCGAAAAUGACCUCAGCCC